AUGGCUGCCUUCAACUCCAUUUUCACCGUCGCUCCGUCGCGAAAUCUUACACGCAUCUCUCUUCAUCAGUCGCUAUCGCCACCGUCAAGUUUCCAGCUACCCAGAUCGAGCUCCGUCGUGUUUCGUCCCAAACCCCGAUCCAGCUCGCUCGUUUUGUGCUCCACCGAUGAAUCGAAGAUCACCGAAGAGAAAGAGAUCCCAAUCGAACUCAGGUACGAGGCAUUCCCGAGUGUGAUGGAUAUCAAUAAGAUACAAGAGAUUUUGCCUCACAGAUUCCCGUUUUUGUUAGUGGAUAGAGUGAUAGAGUAUAAAGCUGGUGUAUCUGCGGUAGCUAUUAAGAACGUGACGAUUAAUGACAAUUUCUUUCCUGGGCAUUUCCCUGAGAGGCCGAUUAUGCCUGGAGUACUCAUGGUUGAGGCCAUGGCUCAGGUGGGAGGUAUAGUGAUGCUACAACCAGAAGUAGGGGGAUCUAAAAGCAACUUCUUCUUUGCUGGAAUCGACAAAGUCAGAUUCCGGAAGCCUGUGAUUGCUGGCGAUACUCUGGUGAUGAGGAUGACGCUUGUGAAGUUGCAGAAGCGGUUUGGGAUAGCGAAAAUGGAAGGGAAAGCGUACGUAGGGAACUCUGUCGUAUGCGAAGGAGAGUUCUUGAUGGCUAUGGGGAAAGAAGAGUGA